AUGAGAGACCUGCCCUUGUGGGUCCUGAUAGCAUCUCGCCCUAACUAUAUGAGAGCCGUGCCCUUGUGGGUCCUGAUAGCAUAUCGCCCUAACUAUAUGAGAGCCCUGCCCUUGUGGGUCCUGAUAGCAUCUCGCCCUAACUAUAUGAGAGCCCUGCCCUUGUGGGUCCUGCUAGCAUCUUGCCCUAACUAUAUGAGCGCCCUGCCCUUGUGGGUCCUGAUAGCAUCUCGCCCUAAGUACAUGAGAGCCCUGCCCUUGUGGGUCCUGAUAGCAUCUCGCCCUAACUACAUGAGAGCCCUGCCCUUGUGGGUCCUGAUAGCAUCUCGCCCUACUCAUAUGAGAGCCUAUAUGAGAGCCCUGCCCUUCUGGGUCCUGAUAGCAUCUCGCCAUAACUAUAUGAGAGCCCUGCCCUUGUGGAUCCUGAUAGCAUCACGCCCUAACUAUAUGAGAGCCCUGCCCUUGUGGGUCCUGAUAGCAUCUCGCCCUAACUAUAUGAGAGCCCUGCCCUUGUGGGUCCUGAUAGCAUCUCGCCCUAACUAUAUGAGAGCCCUGCCCUUGUGGGUCCUGAUAGCAUCUCGCCCUAACUACAUGAGAGCCCUGCCCUUGAGGGUCCUGAUAGCAUCUCGCCCUAACUAUAUGAGAGCCUAUAUGAGAGCCCUGCCCUUUGAGGGUCCUGAUAGCAUCUCGCCCUAA